GGAUUGGCGUCAAAGACACACUCAAUUGGGAUGGUGAUGAUGCUACGGCCUGCGGGCAGACUCCUGAAGCCAUUGGGCUUGCGCUUCCGAAGCUCGUAUGCUGCCAAGAAAGGAUUGGCACCGAAGAAUGAAUUGGCGCCGAAGAAGAAGCCAACGGCUCCGUGGCUGGGGCUGGCGGUGGGAUCUGCCUUGGGGACGUACGGCGGAUACGAAGUGUGGAAGACAUGGAGCGACGAGAAGAAUCCUGCGCAUGUGUACGAUCGACUUCCGGGGGGAAAGACGGCAGAGGAGGCAAAGAUGGCAUCGGAAGCGCAGAUGUUCCUGUUGCACCUCGUGUCGUACCGCGCCAUUUCUCGCGCGUGGGGUGCCGUGAACGACAUCGAAUUGCCCGUGUGGAUGCGCGAACCCAUCUACAACGCCUGGACACGCGCGUUUGAUUGCAAGUUGGACGAAAUGAAGUACCCGUUGGAGCAUUACAAGAACCUCGGGGAAUUCUUCUCUCGUCCUCUCAAGGACGGCAUCCGCCCCGUGAAUUGGGACCCUCGGUGUGUGUCGAGUCCCGUCGACGGCACCAUGGCAAGUUUUGGCGUGGUAGACUUUACCGAUGACAUUCCCGUGAUGGAGCAGAUCAAGGGCGUACGGUAUCGCAUGGACGACUUUCUUGGCGACGUGCCUGCGUUCUUUGACAAGCCGACUAAAGCAGGCAACAAGUUGUUUCACUGCGUGAUCUACUUGGCGCCGGGCGACUACCAUCGGAUACACUCACCGAUCGACUGGAGUAUGGGCGAGCGGCGCCACUUCCCCGGGGAUCUCUUCCCCGUCAACUCUCGCGCCGUGCAUUUCGUACCCAGUUUAUUCACGUGGAAUGAGCGAGUGGCGCUGUUGGGGCGCUGGAAGCACGGAUUCUUCUCCAUGUCGCUGGUUGGGGCGACGAAUGUUGGGUCCAUGACGCUGGACGUGGAGCCGGACUUUGCCACAAACAAGUGGGCGGAUUUUUACUUGACCAAGCCGUGGGGCACCUGCGACACGAAGAAGUACGAGCGCCAAGAACUGGUCACUCGUGGCGACCAAGUCGCUCAGUUUAAGGUAUAUUUGUCAACCCAUCAUAAUUGUAUGGGAUACAGUAUACGACGGUUGUAGCUCGGGUCGACCGUCGUGUUGGUGUUUGAAGCGCCCGACGAUUUUGAGUUUACGGCCAAGUCUGGUGACAAGGUGCGCUAUGGGGCGUCGAUUGGGCACUUUCAGCAGUCGAUGGACGGGGACGUGGCCGCGUCGACCUUCCCGAGCACGUCCGACAUGAUCCGACUGGCGAGCCAAGCCAACGACCAACAGACCAAGGCAUCGUACUUGUCUGAGAUCUCUCAGUCCAUCGGCCAAAUGUUCUUUGGGCGCGCCAAGUAGACACACAUGCGAAACGCACCCAAGUGUUGUACAUACCUCCACAGCAACCAACACAUGCGGGGACGGACGGUGGUAACGUUAGAUGCUUAACAGAAUAUGCAAGCAAGUCGUCGUCACAUGUUGAGUGGGCACGCUGAACGGUGUCUUGACGAGAGUAGGGUUGAAUGUACAUCACGUUAGGACAGAGAUGAAGCUUGACUGAGG